GCCAUUUCUCACCCAGCAGAAAAAAACAAAAACAAAAAUGUACUCCACCAAUCCAGACCUUGAAAAAGCCCUCUCCUCCAUCACCGGCAGCAAUCGCGCACUCAACACCCUCGCGCGUCUGCACGAAGAAGCGCUGGCAGAGCCGCCGUUCAUCAGCACCGACGCGCGUGCAUCCGAAACGGAGACCAGAGACGAGGCGCUGCGCCGACACACGCGGGAGCUGUUUGUCGCGCUGGACCCGGACAAGGCGGCGCUGGUAUACCUCUUGGCGCGGGGUUCGGGGGCGCGUUACGUGGUGGAGGCGGGCACCAGCUUCGGCGUCUCGACCAUCUGGCUCGCUUUGGCGGUCGGGCAGAAUGCCGCCGGAGAUGUGGGCGAUGCAAGGGUGAUUGCGACAGAGAACGAGCCGGAAAAAGCGGCGAGGGCGAGGGAGAAUUGGGCCGCCGCUGGUGAGGAUGAGGUAGCAAGGUGGAUUGAACUUAGGGAGGGUGAUAUCUUGGAGACGCUGAAGGAGGGUCUACCACAGGUGGAUCUUUUGCUGCUCGACAUCUGGACACCACUGGCCCUUCCAACUCUCAAGCUGGUACAGCCCAAGAUGAAAAAGGGCUCCAUGAUCAUCGUGGACAAUAUCGAGGAUGCCAAGUCGGGCUAUCGCGAUCUCCUGGAAUAUAUCGACCAACCGGACAGUGGGUUCAACAUGACAGUCCUACCGUACAACGGCGGGCUGGGUCUGCUUGUGUAUACGGGGUCGAGGUAGGGAUGUGUUCGAGCUGAGAAUGGUUGUCAUUCAUUGCCUCCCAGACUCUAGGUGUAAAACUGUGAAAAUGCUAUAAUAGCGUAAAAACAAAGCUCAACACACUGUUUCGCAUGCAUGGUGUCCAAGGGGUCCCCAAAGGUUUCAAUUAUAUAUAUAUAUAUAUAUGGUCUAAUUAGCUCAAAAUUAGAAACCAG